CACAAAGCUCCACCGAGAUACCCGGAGCCUGGGGAUCUGGGGUAGCCGGACGGUUGUACUCAAGCUACGCUACUUAAGGCACCAACCAACAUCUGCCUGCCUGCCGCCAUGGCGUUCCCGUUCCACGUCAAGGAGCACAAGAUUGCCUCGCAGCACGUCCGCGAGUUCCCGCGGGCGACGGCCAACUCGCAGGAGGACGUGCUGUGGCUGUCGGUCAAGCAGUACACGCCCGUCGACAACCCGGAGCCGCAGCCCGGCGACGUUACCAUCAUCGGCGCCCACGCCAACGGCUUCCCCAAGGAGCUCUACGAGGCCCUCUGGGCCGACCUCCACGCCGCCGCCCGCCGCCACGGCUUCCGCAUCCGCGGCAUCUGGAUCGCAGACGUCACCAACCAGGGCGCCAGUGGCGUCGCCAACGAAGCCGCCCUCGGCAACGACCCUUCCUGGCACGACCACCCCCGCGACCUCCUCCACCUCACAAACGUCUUCCGCCACGACAUGCCCCGCCCCAUCGUCGGCCUCGGCCACUCCUUUGGCGGCAACUGCCUCACCCAGCUCGCCCUCCUCCACCCCCGCCUCCUCACCUCCCUCGUCCUCCUCGACCCCGUCAUCACUAAGUUCACAAACAGGAACGCCGGCGCCGGCGUCAGCCCCGCCCGCUCCUCCACCUGGCGCCGCGACCUCUGGCCCUCGCGCCAGGCCGCCGCAGACUCCUUCCGCAAGUCCCCCUUCUACAAUGCGUGGGACCCCCGCGUGCUGCAGUCCUGGAUCGACCACGCCAUCCGCGACACGCCCACCGCUCUGUUCCCCGAGUCCUCCCAAAGCAGCUCAGGCGCCACCCUGACCACGACAAAGCACCAAGAGGUCUUUACCUUCUUCCGGCCCUUGUGGCCCGCCCUAUCUCCCGGAGGAGACGGCAACAACAACGGCGAUGUGACAAUCUCCCGCGCCGAGGCCCCCGACUUUGACGAGGACGGCCAGCAGGGCAAGAUCUCCAGGGACGUCAGCUUCCCCUUCUACCGCAGCGAGGGCGGCUGGGUCCUCAAGCGCCUGCCCCACGUCCGGCCCUCGGUGCUCUGGGUCUUCGGCGAGGACAGCGACCUGAGCACCCCAGAGGCCCAGGAGCUCAAGCUCCGCACGACGGGCGUCGGCCCGGGAGGCAGCGGCGGCAAGCCGGCCGGUAAGGUGUCGAGCGUCGUCAUGCCCAAGAUGGGCCACCUGUUCCCCAUGGAGGUCCCCGGUCAGUGCGCAGAGCACGCCGCCGCGUGGAUCGGCACCGAGAUGGAGGCCUGGCGCGAGCAGGAGCGCAAGUACCACGAGUGGACGAGGCAGGACCUGCGGGCAAAGUCGACGCUCAGCGACGAGUUUGUCAAACGCGUCGGCCCGUUGCCGGCGAGGAAUAAGAAGAAACCCGCAGAGACCAGCUCGAAGCUGUGAUUUCGAUAAUAUUCACAUCGCGGGGACUAUUUCAUAGAUAAAGAUUUCAUUUGCGGGUACCAGAGAACCUACAGUCAGCGGAUAUGAUUCAGCCAGCACCGUGAAAGCACCUGGUCGACCAUCUAUACUGCGCUUCAUCAAGAGUUGUCCAUAGAGAACCAGUCAUAUUGCCCCCCAGUUGUCAGUCUAUCAGUAUCCAGGAUCAGAAUUUGCCGUAACAUCUACAAAG